AUGCUAACAAUGAAAUCCGUCUCUCUUGUUAGGAAUCCGAUUCUCAGUUACUACAAUCAUCAUCAGAAUCUGGGAUGGUGGGUUUUGAGAUCCUGGUUCAAUUCAUGGUCUCAUGCAAUAAGAAACGCCUCAUCCUCUUCACCUCUAAAAGCCCUCAAACUCUACUCUCAAAUGCACAGAAAAUCUUUGCCAUUUGAUAGUUUCUCUAUUCUGUACGCUAUCAAUUCGUGCACCCAUUUUCCUGAAAACGUUGACAGCCUGUCCAUUAUUCGCCACCUCCACGCCCACCUUCUUAAACUCGGCUUCAAUACCCACGUUUACGUUGCUACUUCACUAUUGCACUCUUAUGCUUUAGCUGUUUUUUGUGACGCGUGUAACUUGUUCGAAGAAAUGCCUGAGAGAAAUUCCGUCACCUGGAACACUAUGAUCACAGGAUAUUCACGACAUGGAGAUGUUAAAAGUGCGUGCAAAAUCUUCAAUCAAAUGCCUAAGAGAGAUCUUGCUUCCUGGACUGCGAUGAUCACGGCUUAUAUGAACAGUGGUUUUUGGGAUGAAGGCCUUGCGCUUUUUCGACAGAUUUUAACGGUGAAAAUCAUUGAUAAUGAGUAUCUAAAGCCUGAUCAACUGAUAUUGGGUUCAGUUUUGGCAGGGUGUGCAAACAUGGGUUCAGUUGGAUUAGUGUUUGGCAAAUCUUUACAUGGAUUUGCCGUUAAAAAUGAUUGGCAAUUGAACUUUGAGAUGGCCGAGAAGGUGAUUGAUCAGGUGAAGAGAAUGGUGAGACCAGAGAAUGAUGGUGGGGUUUACACGCUCAUAGCUGAUUUGUAUGUUUUGAGCGACAAGUGGAUCGAGGCAGAAAGACUGAGAAAGCUUAUGCUCAACAAAAAUGUGAGGAAGGCGCGGGGAUCUAGUUUCAUUAGAAAUGGAGACGUGUGA